UAUAGAUGUAAGGAAAAAGGAAUUCUCCAGAGAACCGAGUUCAUUCAGAAGAAAGGAGCAAGUUAGGUGCUGAAAGGACCAGAAAGGUGGCAUUUAAGUAUGAUGAGCGCUGAACCUGUUGUUAUCGUGUCUGCUUCUAGGACACCUAUAGGAUCUUUCAAUGGAGCUCUGUCCACUGUGCCCCUGCAUGAACUUGGCUCUGUUGUCAUCAGAGAGGUCUUGAGAAGAGCUAGUGUGAAACCAGAGGAGGUGUCUGAAGUCAUCAUGGGACAUGUGUUAACAGCAGGUCAUGGGCAGAAUCCUGCUCGCCAGGCCAGCGUGGGAGCUGGAAUCCCUUACCCUGUGCCUGCCUGGAGCUGCCAGAUGGUGUGUGGCUCUGGCCUGAAAGCCGUGUGCUUGGGAGCGCAGUCACUCCGCACUGGAGAGUCCACAGUCGUUGUAGCAGGAGGAAUGGAGAGCAUGAGCAGGACGCCUCACACGGUGCACAUGCGCGCUGGAAUUAAAAUGGGAGAUGCUUGUCUGCAAGACUCGGUCAUCUCUGAUGGCUUGACUGAUGCAUUUCACAACUAUCACAUGGGCAUAACAGCUGAAAACGUUGCCAAGCAGUGGAAUGUGAGCCGUGAAGCCCAGGACCAGUUUGCUGUCACGUCUCAAAACCGAACAGAAGCUGCUCAGAAAGCAGGCUAUUUCGACAAGGAGAUUGUGCCGGUCACUGUGUCGUCAAGGAAAGGCCCAGUUGAAGUGAAAUCAGAUGAGUUUCCUCGUCAUGGAAGUAAUUUGGGUGCAAUGUCUAAACUGAAGCCCUGUUUCCUAAAAGACAGCACAGGCACCGUGACUCCAGCUAACGCCUCAGGUAUAAAUGAUGGGGCUGCAGCUACUGUUCUGAUGACCAAAUCUGAGGCUGAGAGAAGAGGUUUGAAGCCGAUGGCUUUGAUUACUUCCUGGGCUCAAGUUGGUUUAGAUCCAGCAGUUAUGGGCACUGGGCCUAUUCUAGCAAUAAAGAAAGCCGUGGAGAAUGCAGGAUGGCAGCUGGACCAAGUGGAUCUGUUUGAAAUCAAUGAAGCUUUUGCUGCCCAAUCUAUCGCUGUCACAAAGGAACUUGGCCUGGACCCAGAUAAGGUCAAUGUCCAAGGUGGUGCCAUCGCUCUCGGCCACCCUCUGGGAAUGUCUGGCUGUCGGAUCUUGGUCACUCUCCUCUAUGCUCUUGAACGCACAGGGGGAAGGCGAGGAGUUGCUGCCUUGUGCAUUGGAGGUGGCAUGGGAAUAGCAAUGUGUGUUGAAAGGAUGUGAAUUUAGAGUAGCCUACAUGAAUGUGAAAAUUAGAAAGGAAAAACAGGUGAAUUGUAGAAUUACAACACUUAAUACUGUAACUGUCAUUCCUUAAAAUUAUUUUGCCAUAUAAUUGCAUUAAUUUUUUAAAUUAAAAUACUAGUGCUACUGUAUAUCUGAAACCAAAACCAAUGGUUCUACUCGGGUAUUCUCUUAAACUGCCAAGUAUUCUUUGUAAGGUAGUUACUAGAACAGAAUUCCCAGCCACAUAUUUGAUGCCCCAACUCUAAGCAAGUACCUGCUAAACUACCAAAUGAGCAAGGUGUGCAACAUGGUCUCCGUUUGGUUGCAGUCUUAUUUUGUCUUAACCAUCAAUAGCCAACUAUUUCAAAGUUUCUCUUUUGGAAAUCAGACUUCAGCCUCAGUAUCUCAUACAAUUUGUCAUGCCAUGAAGCACAUAGUUAAAUUUGGUAAAUAGUGCCAGUAUGUUGCCAUGCACGUGGUUGAAGAAAUGAAAAAAGGUCACAGCUCCACACUCAAACCAACUGAAUCACUCAGCCAUGAAAACAGUCAGUAUGCUUUGGCCACAACAUGCUCUAUAUACACAAAGCAGCAAUGCACACAAAAAACAGCUGGUCUGUGAAAUAUAAUCAGAUACACCAGUGUGAUCAGUUUAAAAGGUGUUCAAAGAAGUCUGAAUAAUGUUUUCAUUGUAAAUGCAAAAAAAAACUUAUUGUUGCUUAAACCUCUUACAUAAUUAUGGGUGUAUUAUUACUAAUGUCAUGGUUAUUUGUCUCUGUCUUUUAAUGUAGAAUACAGCACAUUUGUAUUUACUUCAAAAGGAUCUUAUUAAACAGCUAUUUAAAAUGG